UGAAAGGCCUGGCAGCCUAGUCACAAAACUAGUAUUUAAGAUGAACAGCAUAGCCUUAUACGAAAUAGCAAGACUGUAUCUUACGCAACUUUAACGAAAAUAGUGUGGCAUCCAACGCACACGCUGCUAGCUAAUAUGUCUGCACCAUACUCUGCGGAGAAAUUGGUGGAAAUCAUCACCGACUUCUUUAAGUUCUUGGCAACUCUACAUCUUGAUCCAGCAGAGCUCGAGUAUCCCCCGCCUGGUGGUUGGCCAAACGUUAUUAAUAACAAUGGCGGCCGCUGGAAACACAAAGAUGUUAUCUAUAUUAUGAGCCACAUUCCUUGCUUCACCGGGCCCGAGGCCACAGUUCACUACAAGAGCAAGCUCGUCGACUAUUCGACUGUCGAUAUAGAUGAAUUGAAAGAAGACAUGGCAUCGUCGGCCGAGAGCACUGCCUUUGAAUCAUCUGAAGGCGAAGAACGUUCCCCCCGCUACUUCUUUUACAUCGCCCUGGGCAGAGAAUCCGGAGGUUGCCAAAUGCUCGUGAACAUCAAGGAUGGCGAAGUGAUUGAGGAAGCGCUGGCAUAUGGUGACGAAGGGCCGGUGGAUAUCCAGGACUAUUUCGAGGAUCUCAAACUUAAAUAUCGGGACAUGCACCUCAUCUCCUGCCGCGGGUACAUCACCCUUGAACCAAAGGACGUGGAUGAGCGGGAAGACACAAUCGACGAGGACGAGGUACUGAGCCAGACCGAGAAUUGGGGCACUGAUUUGGAUAUUCAGUAUAUACGCCAAAUUUACCGCGAGCAUGGCUGGCCUGAUAAGUUCCGUCGUUCCGACGCAGAAGCAACCGUGAAUUGUCACAUGGAGAGAUGCCAGGAGCGCCGUGGUGAAACGUGGGAACACAAUGAUGAUACAACCGUGUGGGACUAAGUAACGGAACUCAUGGGGUUAUAUAGCGAAUAUGUUCAUCAUCUGGUACAUACGACCAUAGGUGGUAGAGAACUCCGGGUCCCGUUUGCUCCCCUGUAGAUAAGCUACCAACCGGCAGAUUAGUAGUUGGGUCGGUGACGACCAGCGAAUACCGGCUGUUGUAUGUUUUUUUUGUUUCUUAUCUUCAAUUUUUGUUGAUUUAAACGUCUGGCUUUCUUCGUGUUGUGCUUGAGGGAAAGUGGUUGAGUUUUGAGCCCCAGCUUAUUCCAGCGUGGUUUAGUCGUCAUAGACCUCCCACAGUCCAUCAAUUCCUCACUCAUACAUCCUUGGCAAAAAGAAACCCCUCCGUGUCCGUAUGAGUUCGGAAUUCAUACAGAUAAUUGAAUUAUGUUAAUACUAGCCAAGACGUAAAUCACUCCUAGCGUAGUGCGUAAAUGGAACCAUGAUAUCACGAUUUCACAAUUAGCG